UAUAGAUUUCAAGGCUCUAAACGCUAAGACCUGUUCUCAGUAUGAUCAAAAAGCCACUGAGAUAAUGAAAGUGACUGACAAAUCCAUCUCUAAAGUCCUAGACUGGUUUAGCAGAAGUUCUAAUCCUGAUGCUGAAAUACCAUCCCUUCCACAUCCUAAAGGGAUGCAGUCUAAAGGAAAGUCAGGAUCAGAAUGGCAGAAUAAUAACACCAUGGAUAUGGAAAAUGCUGUCCUCCAGCAAGAUGGCUUAAAGUCUCCAGUUUUCAUGCAAUGUGAAAUGAAGGCUGUAGAAACUAGUUAUUCAUUCUGGGUGAAGGGAGACCUAUUAUCUUUUGAAAAUGAUGAGAACAGUGGCAUAGAAUUCAAGAAAUCAGAUGGCGGUGUUUUACCUACACAAGCUGGCAAAGAGAAAGGACAACUAUCAUCACCAUUCAGAAAUCAAAAUCAAGGAAGUAAAAGUAUUAUUCCUAUUCAAGACACAAAAAAUCCAAAUGAGGAAAUAGAAACACAUUUCCUAAACACUGACUAUCCCUUUAACUUUUCCAAAGAAUUAGAUGCUGAGUGCCAAGCGUCAUCCAAAGUAGAGGAUUCCUCAUACAAAGAAAAACUCAAGUUUUUUGUUAAUGGAAAAAACAGAGGAAACUCAAAGAUGGCUAUUGACUCUUCUGAGAAUAGUGGAGAACCCCAGUUAAAGCAUAACAUGGAAGCCAAAGGUAGAAGAGUGAAAAAAGCUGAUUGUCUGUCAUUUCCAUCAGAGGGAGAGAAUAUCAGGUCACCAACUCUUACUGCUGAUGAGGAAUUUAGAGAAAAAGAAUCUAAUUUCCCCAGUCAUGGCAGGCUAUCUGCUCCUUGCAAGAAGCCAGAGGAUUUGCAGCAACAAGAAGCCAGUCAUCUACCUGGGAGUCAAGUUCAAAGGGAGGAAUAUAAAAGAGUAAGUGAUCGGAUAUCCUUCUGGGAAGGAGGAGGGAAGACAGUUAAAGCUAAACUGACUGAUAGGGUGCCCAAUUCAGCAAGAAACCAGGUACAAGUGCCUGCUACAGUAAGUUGGCCUGUGAAGUCAGUGGAUUUGUCUGUGAAAAAUUUGACUGAAGACCAGAAUGAGUUUAGCCAAGUCAUUGCCAAAAGGGUGGACCUAAUUAAGAAUGGUCAGAUAUCUUAUGGCCCUGGCUUUUAUUCCUCAGUUAACUCUGAAGGGUUCAAUCCCCAUAUUAUGGGAACAUCCAGAGGGUAUCCCUCAGUGGACCAACCAGGUAAAAUACCUUCAUUUCAAAGUGAAUCUGUCAAACUUCCUAUGACAGAUAAUUUGCAAUCCAAAAGGGGCAUGACUUUUUCAACAUCAAAACAUGAUUCUCAUGAAAGGAAUGAAGCCUACUCCCAUUUGGAAAAUGACAGAUCUUCCAUAGCCCAACCAAACCCUAACUUUAAGGUUUGGACCUUGGAGGAGAGGAUGAAUGAAAACUUCCCAAAGCAGAUUAACAAUCUUUCACAGUUUCAGAAUUUGAGAAACUUUUGGGACAUGGGAACUAAUUCACUUAGUACAAACAACAGCACUCAUCCAGGUAGUAAAAAAUCACUGUCUUUAGAUAGUCAGAAAGAGAAGGAGUUGGAUGAAACUGAGCUAACAAAAGAAAAAAGUGCCUCAGCAGGACAGGGCCUUCUAAAACAAGACAAAGCAUCAUAUGGGGAGGAAAUAAGGGAGCAGGAUUCAAAGCUGACUCCUCGGACACUUUCCGAUGAAUCCACAUUUCCACUGAAAUCACCAGCAAAGUCCACUCAACUGCCAAAGAAUGUGCCAUCAAAAGAAAAUGUGGAUGAGCACCUCGACUGGUUGGUCCCUCCGAUGUUCAGGGAAGAAGGGCAUUUCUUGAGGGAAGAAGUGAAGGAAUCAGUCAUGAAAACAAGUGUUUUGCCUAAAGAAUACCAAGACACCUUUAAUAGAAGUUUAAAGAAACUACUUGAGGGAGCUCCAUCACUGUCAUUUCAGCCAGUGGGUGACAAAGAUACUCCAGAAAAUGGGCAUGAGCCGAAUCUUCCUAAAAAUAGAGUCUGUCUCCAGGAGACAGAUUUGGCUGAUUUUGAGAAAAGAUCUGAGUCUAUAAAACAGGUCCCAAAGACAAGCACAGCCAGCACCCUAUACUCACCAGAAGCUACAUGUAAACCAUUUGUUCCCAGGCCAGAAAAAUCACUCAAGGAAGCAUCUGAGCUUCCAUACUCUUCUAGUCAAGUCAGGUCAGCAACUAUUUCCACUGGGACUAGUUCUUUGUCAAAGCAGACAAGGUUUUUUGAAAAAGUGAUGGAGCGAAGUUAUAACUAUUUGUUUCAUGAAAGGGAAGGGGGGAUACUUCUUAAAGAUGUGGGAGAUGCCUCGGAUAAUACUGUGGCCCCCCUCAAAAUAAAAAGCAGUGAUUGUAAAAUAAGUCAGAAAGGACUACCACAGAAAGCUCCUGCCCCUUCCCAUUCAUUAUAUCAGACUGCUCACCUUAAGGACUCUUUUGGGGAGGCAGCCAACUCUCCCCAAGAGAUGUCUUCUUUCCACUCUGCUUAUGCUGCCCUUUGUAACAAGGGAAAGCCUCUGCAAAGGGAAAUUUCAGAGACUAUGGAAAAAACAGUUCUCCCUAAAAUGGAGUUGGAUGAUUUGAACACUGCAUUGGAGAAUCUUCACAAGGAAGCCCAAGAAGAUGUGUUGAAUUCCACCAGAGACAGAAGGACAGUUCUUGGAGAGCAGCAACCAGGGAUCCCCGAAGGUGGGACAGGAACACAGAAUCAGAUAAACUCUCCAGUUUGGUUGGCUGGAGAGCCAGUGGUUCCAGAGGAAAAGAGUUCCCAGCCUCUUGACAUGGGCCUAGAAGAGCCUAGAGAAGAAGCAUUGGGUAUAUUUCCUGUACAUUGUUGUGAUCCACCUCACCUGGACCAAUCUCUUAGCCUGCCUGGCUCUACUAGUUACCAGCAUUCCAAAGAAUCACCCCAGGAAAUAUCAGAAACUCUGACAAAAACCAUCAUUCAGCCUAAAGCCACACUUAGAGAAUUUGAUAUUGGCUUAGAAAAACUCCUUAGAGAAGCCUCAGAAAGCCCUCCCUUGAAACUGGGAAAUGAUAAAAUGAAGACAUCUGAGGCUAAGUUGAUAGGUGGGUCAGCCUUUCCCGGUCAGACUGCUGACCAGGAAAUUCAAAGCCCAGAUUUCCUUGAGAAAAUCAGGGAAACGAUAGAAAAGUCUUUGGCUCCUUCAGUAGUUGAAAGUGCAUUUGACUUAGGUUUCGAGAAAAUCCUUAAGGAAGCCCCUGUGACAGAAGAAAAGGGAACUCUGAGUAUCGAGUCCUCACCAUCAGAGCAAGGAAAGCUGUCUAGAAAAACGCCUCAUUUGUAUUCAUGGAACCCAGGAGAUGCUAAGGUGAAGGUUAAGAGUAAAGUUUUGAAACCAAAAGGCUGGAAAUUCAUUGAAGACAAAGCAGAGGCCAAUGGUGAAGGAGGGCCGCAGGAUUCUGAAAGUAGAAUGUGUAACCCAGGCACUGUGCCAGCAAAGAAUGAACUUAAAGAGAAUGUCUUUGAUGGAGAGCCUGGUGAUUCUGCAUGUGGGGCCACAGGAGAACAGGUUUUUCUGGUCACCAAUGAAGACCCAUCUGAAAAACAGCAUUGGGCCACAUGCAGGUUCCCCAGUGAGCCACUUUCAAGAGAAAAGACAUUUUCUAAAAUAAGCAAGGUUGAACUGCUUCCAGAAACACCAUACAAAAGAGGAGAAGAAAGAGGAAGCUCCUCUGGUUCGGAUUUUUCAGAUGAAUACGUCAGCUCUAAUACAGACAGCUGGAGAAGUUCUUCCCGUUCAGAAGAGUCAAAUCCUGUUUUGAAGGCUUUGAAAAGGAAUGCUGCUAGGAAAAUGCCUUCCCAAAGCCUAGAGGACAUUCCAUCAGACACAUCAAAUCAAGGCAAAGUAGAUUUUCUGCCAGAAGACUUAGUGCGUAGUGCUGAAGAUGAUCAGAAAACAGAUCAGCAGCAAGAUACCAAUGAAUACAUACCAGGAAUUUCCACAGUGCCUUCACAUCCUGAUAACCAAUUUGCACAUCCCGAAAAACUCAAAAGGAUGAGCAAGUCUGUUCCAGCAUUCCUCCAAGAUGAGAGUGAUGACAGAGAGACCGAUACCACAUCAGAAAGCAGUUACCAGCUUGGCAGACACAAGAAGAGCCCGAGCUCUUUAACCAAUCUUUUCAGCAGCUCCUCUGGCAUGACAUCACUGUCUUCUGUGAGUGGAAGUGCAAUGAGUGUUUACAGUGGAGACUUUGGCAAUCUGGAUAUUAAAGGAAGUGUUCAGUUUGCCAUUGAUUAUGUGGAUUCAUUGAUGGAGUUCCAUGUUUUUGUGGCCCAGUGCAAGGACUUAGCAGCGGCAGAUGUUAAAAAACAGCGCUCCGACCCAUAUGUAAAGACCUAUUUGCUGCCAGACAAAGGUAAAAUGGGCAAGAAGAAAACACUUGUGAUGAAGAAAACCUUGAAUCCUGUGUAUAACGAGAUAUUGCGGUAUAAAAUUGACAAGCAGAGCCUGAAGAAUCAGAAACUGAACCUCUCCGUCUGGCAUCGGGACACGUUCAAACGCAACAGUUUCCUUGGGGAAGUAGAACUUGACCUGGAAACAUGGGACUGGGACAACAAACAGAAUAAACAAUUGAAGUGGUACCCUUUGAAUCGCAGGACAGCACCAAUUGCCAUCGAAGCAGAAAACAGAGGUGAAAUGAAAUUAGCCCUCCAGUAUGUCCCAGAACCAUUCUUAGGUAAAAAACUUGCUACAACUGGAGAAGUACACAUCUGGGUGAAGGAAUGCAUUGACCUCCCCCACCUCCGAGGAAACCACCUGAAUUCUUUUGUCAAAUGUACCAUCCUGCCAGAUACAAGUAGGAAAAGUCGUCAGAAGACAAGGGCUGUAGGAAAAACAACCAAUCCUCUCUUCAACCACACAAUGGUCUAUGAUGGUUUUAGGCCUGGAGAUUUAAAAGAAGCCUGUGUAGAGCUGACUGUCUGGGAUCACCACAAAUUAACCAAUCAGUUUUUGGGAGGACUACGGAUAGGCUUUGGAAGAGGUAAAAGUUAUGGGACUGAAGUAGACUGGAUGGACUCCACUCCAGCAGAAAUCUCUCUGUGGGAAAGGAUGGUGAACUCACCCAACACUUGGGUUGAAGACAUCCUCCCGCUCCGAAUGCUGCUCAUAGCCAAGCUGACAAAAUAAGAGAGAGCCUCUCAAGGCCCAGGGGCUCCGUGGAAAAACAAUAUCCUCAUUUCCCUGUAUUAAAAAGUACAGCACAGGGGGCUUCCCUGGAAAUCCCACCACAUGGACAAAGACCAUCACGUAACUUCCCUUGACGUCCAAGGCAUGUCAAACUGCUAACCUGCACGUAUCCUCACGCUCCACACCCAGAGGAAUUCGAACAGCAAGCAGACAUGCAAUCAAGACGUCCCUUGAAAUUAAAAGAAGCCCCCUAAGUGUGUUGUGAUCCACAUGAACUAAUGAUGCUGCUUCAGAGGGAAAGCUGCUGAAGAAAUGGGAAAUGCGGGUUAGUGUGUUCAUGAGCUGAUGCUACAGUGCCGUCUUUUCUGUAUCUGCCAGGAUGGGCUGCAUUCCCCCUGUAUCUGCUGCUUGAUCAUCAAGUAUUCCCUCAUUAGUUAUAGAUAUUUAGGGUAUGGAAAGCAGUUGCUAAUAAGGGAAGGUAAUUAAUUAUUGUCCUUGUUAAAAAAAAAAAAGCAAGUAAACAACAAGGAUAAGGACAUUGGUGGGGAGACAAAGGUUGGCCACAUGUAAGAUGGAAAUCUAGUUGUAACUCAUAGUCAAAGGAGGGAUUCUGUCUUCAGUGAUGCUAAAUGUUUGAACAGGUUACAUACUAUCUGGGCAACCUUCAUUUUAGACAUAUUUAGACAUACCUAUAAGCAUAUGGAGGUUCCUUGAGGGCUUAAAAAAAUCUUAGAAGUAUGGUGGUGCCACCCACUGGACACAGACGGAACUUCAGCCAAAGUUUUACUCAAAUAGGUCUAAAAGACAAGUUUUAUAAUAGCAUAUGUAAAACACUGAUCCUGUAAGGUUCUGGCCUUCCUGUAACUGGGCUAAGUGAAAGCAAUGUAUUUUGGUUAUAGAUAUGCUUAGGAUUAGAAUUUAAUUGCUAAAUUAUACCGUUCUUGUUUCCUGUGUAUGUGUAAUUUUAAUAUUGUAUUUUAUAAAACCUUUAGUCUUCAAAAUAAAUUAUAACAAGACUUCA